AUGUCUUUAGUGGGAAGGGUAGAGUUCCCGGUGGAAAAAGGAGUUCAGCAGAGAGAAAGAGAGAGAGAGAGAGAAUGAGGGCUUCGAUCAAUCGGCCGCCAACGCCGGACGCCGAUGAAGAACCGGAGAGGGAGUCCGCCCUUGUUGAGGUCAUCAACGUCAAGAUGGUUGAGAGUGGGGAGAAGGAGAAACUGAAGGAACUCUUGCGCGAACGACUGAUAGAGUGUGGCUGGAGGGAUGAGAUGAAAGCCCUUUGCAGGGCGUAUGCAAGGAAGAAAGGAAGAAAUAAUGUUACCAUUGAUGAACUUGUACAGGUAAUCACUCCUAAAGGCAGAGCAUCAAUACCUGAUUCUGUGAAGACAGAGCUCUUACAGCGCAUUCAGUCUUUUCUCACAUCAAUAGUGCUUUAAUGCUGUUCGGAAGAUAUUGAAACAGAUGGUUGCUUUAAUGCUGUGUUUCAUUUAGAUUAUUAGUGUUUUCCGGUUAUGAAGAUGUUUACAGUAAAGACUGCAGCAAUAGUUACAGAGUCACAUGGAACUUUAGAAUGAAAAGAUGUCUUGAUUUAUAUAAUCUGUUGUUGUAACUGUACUUCAGUAAAAUAUUUAGUGAACUUGUAUGAUCUAAAUUUGUCUCAUCUUUGAUU